AUAAUACUGGGCGCGCUCCCGUGGAAAGAACUCGACCGAGUAACAGCGCGUUCCCGCGGCUGCACGGCGCUAAUUUAGAUAGUUUAGUUAUGAGAAAUCCCCAUGGGGAUAAAUCCAUGUUCUUACGUACGUAUGGACGACGGAUAGUGGAGCAUUUGGGAAACAUGGAUGCAGCAUUGGAGCACAGUUUUCACGACUUGUUGGAAGCAUAAAAGCGGGUUCCGGUGGCGAUAUGUUUCUGUCAGGAAGUUUGACGUAUUCGGUUGAAGAUUAUUUCUCGCUUUGUUUUGGUUGGUGAAAGUUGUGGACUGUGGUGAGACACAGACGUCGGACGACAACUUUGUGACUGUGUCGUUGGAAAAGACUGCGUUUUCUUCACGUUUAAGUCAGUCCGGGUUUCACGUUAAUGCUCCAGGAACCGUAAUUUAAGAGUCUGCGAAGUCUAAACAUCGAUGGAGUUUGUCCAACUUGGCUUCGCUCCGCAUAUCAAACGGAGUUUAUUUGUAUAAUAUAAACAUACACAGCUGGUGAUUAUUCUCCGCCAGUGUCGUUUCAGUCGGUUUUUUCUGCAGGUCUGAACUCCAUUAUGUCGCUCUCUGAAUCAAAUUCCUCUGUACUUUUGUUAUAGGUCAGACAUGGGCCUCUUUGCAUGUCAUGUAUGAUUGUGUUUAGAUCCGAAUUCAGGUUGCAGUGCAUCCGGAGCAGUCAUAAAAAUACAAAUCUGCCCAGCCUAGAAUAUUUUGGACUCAAACCUGGCAACACAGAGAGGGAAAAUCUGCAAACUUAGCAGGAAGAGAGGCCAUCAAAAUCACGGAAAUUGUACGGUCUUUUCCUCUGGCGACCUGUUACUCACAAAUGGAUUUCAUACAGGCCAUACGGUUAUUGUUGCACCUUUUUUGGUAGUUUUUUUUUUUCAUGUUUAACGCGGUUAUGGGAUACAAAUCUGUGUCCCACAGGACUGAAAGCGCUGACGUCUAGUGUGACUUCUAAUAAUGUUUUGGAAAUUUGAGUUUUCCAAAGACCCGAGGCUACAGCGGAGCAGAAGUUUGUCUUUGUGCCACAGCUGGAGCAGUCUGAUGUAGGCUUUUCCAUCGGAACAUUUUCUUUUUUGUGUGAAACUCACAUCUGUCUGAUGUGACCGUGUUUGUUUUUACAUCCUGGGAAAAGAUCGGUUUGUGUUUUUGCUCCAACUUUCCGUUGAAGAACACGAGCCCCCGUUACCUGGGGGGGUCAGCCCCGCCAUGGCGUCCUCGCGCACACGCACACACUGCCCCGGUGUGUCGGUCUGACUGAGGACACCGAUGGACGAGAGCAACGGGUGGACCUACUGCGUCAUCUCUGCCGCGAGACAUCGGUGACCGAAGUCGGGCUCCACGCGGGACAAGCCCGCUCUUGUCCUGACCGAGCUCGUAAACUAAGGCGACAGGUUGUGGCACAGCAGGGACACGUUUCUGGAGACUGACUCGUAGAUCACGUACACAAACAUCGCCACAAUGAAUGAGAGGCAGGCUCUCCACUCUAUAAUGAAGGACCUGGUUGCCCUCCAGAUGACGCGGCGCCAGCCUGUGCUGUCGUAUGACAACAGCAAACCCAAGACACCGGCUCAGACCAACAGACAGGAUGAUGUCAGGAUAAAGUUUGAAUUCUCAGGAGAGAGAAGGAUCCUGAUGUUUGGACGGCCUGUGCAGUUCGAGGAAAUCCAGCAGAAAGUUAAGAGUGUCUUUGGGCAGCAGUUAGACCUGCAUUAUAUGAACAAUGAGUUGUCCAUCCCUCUGCGAGGUCAGGAUGACUUGGACAAAGCAAUCGACCUGCUGGACCGAAGCUCCAACAUGAAGAGCAUCAAGAUCCUGCUGCUCACUCAGGAGCACAGCAAUGCCUCCUCCCCCUCCCACCAUGUGCCGUGUAAACAGGUGAGGAUCAAGUCCUCUCAGUCCACUGGAGACGUUAGCACGGUGUACCAAUCCGCCGAGCCCAGAGGACGCCACCUAUCAACAGGUUCUCAGAACACAGGGCGUAGCUCACCGCCUCCUGGCUAUGUGCCUGAGCGCCAGCAGAGGAUCGCCCGCCAAGGUUCAUACACCAGCAUAAACAGUGAGGGGGAGUUCAUCCCCGAGACCAGCGAUCAGUGUGUGCUGGAUCCCUGGAGCAGUGCAGAGAACUCUGUCUCUGGAAGCUGUCAGUCUCUGGACAGCAACUCAGACAGCCCCUCAUUGAGGAAGUCGCGUAUGCACAGAGCCAAAAGUUACCCUGAUAAUCGCCAGGAGUGCUCAGACAGGGAGAAUCAUGUUUAUGACAGGGUAGCAGGAAAGGGAGGCACCUAUCCUCGUAGGUACCACGUCUCCCUGCAUCAUAAGGACCACAGUGAAGGUCGUCGAACAUUUCCUCGGAUUCGUCGCCCCCAGGGGAACCUGUUCACUCUCGUGCCUUCACGUCGGUCGCUCAAUGGCAGCGAGGAGAGUCUGGGCAGCUGGCAGCUCGUCGAUGCCCAGGGAAGGCUCCGUCCUCAGGACCGUUCUGUUGCCCAUAAGUCACCCAGCGCUCCAGUGACGUGGCGGCGGGGGAAGCCUGGCCAGGGAGCGUUUGGACAGGUUUACCUGUGUUACGAUGUGGAUACAGGGAGAGAGCUGGCCGCCAAGCAAGUCCAGUUUGAUCCUGACAGUCCUGAGACCAGCAAGGAGGUCAGUGCUUUAGAGUGUGAAAUCCAGUUGCUGAAAAAUCUGCAUCACGAGCGCAUCGUUCAGUACUACGGCUGUCUGAGGGAUCACAAUGAGAAGACCCUCACUAUUUUCAUGGAGUACAUGCCGGGGGGUUCAGUUAAGGACCAGCUGAAGGCAUACGGGGCCCUGACAGAAAACGUGACCCGGAAGUACACAAGACAGAUCCUGGAGGGCAUGUCCUAUCUACACAGCAACAUGAUCGUACACAGGGACAUCAAAGGUGCCAACAUCCUGCGGGAUUCAGCAGGCAACGUGAAGCUUGGAGAUUUCGGUGCCAGCAAGAGGCUUCAGACCAUCUGUAUGUCUGGCACCGGCAUCCGCUCAGUGACCGGCACCCCCUACUGGAUGAGCCCGGAGGUGAUCAGUGGAGAGGGCUACGGCAGGAAGGCUGAUGUCUGGAGCCUUGGUUGUACAGUGGUGGAGAUGUUGACAGAAAAGCCUCCAUGGGCUGAAUACGAGGCCAUGGCAGCCAUAUUCAAGAUCGCCACCCAGCCCACCAACCCACUGCUGCCCUCGCACACCUCCGACCAAGCACGGGACUUUAUCCGCUGCAUCUUUGUGGAGGCCAAACACAGGCCGAGUGCUGAGGAACUGCUCAGACACCCCUUCUCCCAGAUCCUGUGCUGAAACCUGCCUGGUUUCUGAACUUGAACCAGAGAGUAGCACAGUAGCCUCAGCAGUAUCUGUAGCUUCCUUGAAACCCACUCAUGACAGGAGACCAGACGUGGACCUGGCCUGGAUGUCAGUGUUAAACCCACUGAGCCUCUGCCACCAUGCAGAUGCUUCAAACAAGAGUCAGUGUCCUUUCUCACAAAUCCAAAGGAGACAGCUGCAGUCAACACAAUGCCUUGAAAACCAAUGCAAGUACAUGCUCAUACAGACGUCACCACCAGGGGGAAACAAAACACAGAUUAAGUUUCUGGUGGGGAGUUGAUCUUUGUCAGAUACAAACAUGCAGAUGCUCGCACUCCAGUUUCAGCAUUAUUGAGUCAUAGCUCAUGUACCAGUUGUGUCUUCAUAAACUCCUGUGUUUACAUUCACUUGUUGGGCAGUUAUGAGAAAUGCCAGGAAGCCCCAAGUGUUUGACUUUUAAAUAUUUAGCUGAGCACCAUUUUAAAGCUACAGCAGGCCUAAAGCUCAAAGUUUGCCCAGCGGAUGGUAAACGCUGCUGGUGUACCACAGUGUCAAUUGGACAGGUUGUUCUCUUUUUUCCCAACUUUGGCAACUUGCAACUACUUCCUGUUUCUGUUCCCACUCGGGAACAAAGAAAACUCCACCCCAGUUAUAACUCUGUUCAAAGCUGUUUAAGCUAUUUGUGAUGCACUUUGCAUUGCUGGCUACAUCACUGUGUGGAUUCAGUAAAACACAGAUGGAGAUAUGUGUAGAGUAGCUACACUGGAACAAAAUCAUGUUCAGCUAUUGAAACCAACAGUAGUGAAUAAGCUAAGGCAUGUUUUGGUAGAAGACAGUAGACAUCGUUUAGCAUAUCUUAGCAAUCAGAAAUUUAUUACAAGUACCAAAUACACAAAUUUCUCCACUGUCAUCAGCCUCAAUAGACCAUGAUGCACUGCAGCUGCUCGCUCCAGCCUGUGGCUCUCGUGUGGAGUAUCACCAUUCAAGUCACAGAUCUAAGCAUUUGUUUCUCUGAAAAGUCUUUACUCAGUCAUCUUUGACAAACUCAGAUUGUUUAAAAACACUUGAAUUGAAUAUGACCAACCACCUGGAUGAAAAAAUAUUUCAACACGUUUCACAAGUUGCAACUGUUUUUCCUUUCUCAGUAGCGAGAAAUGACAUAUGUCCUCGCUCUUUCUAUACAUCACAAGGAAAAUAUUAACAUAAGAAAAUUCUAAUUCAAAGUAACAUCAGUAUAGACAAAUAUAACUGAUGAUAAUUGUAUAAAUAAAAACGUGUCAUUUCUAGCUGCGGACCUGGAAAACAGGUUAGAAUCCUUCUCAUUGUGCAGCAAACACAAUAUGUUUUGAUCCAGAUGGUUAGAGGAGUUUUUGAGGACUGUGGAAAUACCUCAGAGCAGUGAACCUUCUAAAUAAAUAAAAAAACAGUCAGGAAUUUAUUUUUCAAAGAAACUAAUUCUCAGCUCUGUGACUUGGAUGCAGUAGUAUUAAACGAGAGGCACAGACUGGGGGCUGCAGCUACAAUACCUGAUUUGAAGUCAGAGAUAUGACUCUUAAUCUUUCUCCCUCCAGUGUCAUUAUUACUGUCCCUCUCUAUUUUCAAGUAACCAGUUGAGUCUGGUUCUGCCUUAAUGCAUUUGAGGAAAUGAAGAGAAUCAGUAUAAAGCAUGAGGAUGACAUGUAACGGUGUAGGAGGAGCUCAGUGUGAAUGUUUCCUUUUAAGAGUUUUUCGUUUUAAACUCUUCCCAGUCUUGUUCUAUCUGUCGCCUCAGUGUGACUUCUCCCUCUGCCUGCCACCUUGCUCUCUUUCUCUUCAUUAUCACAGGUGUUCUCAGCCUACAAAGUGCCAAAAAGGGACAGAUACAGGAUUAUGGUAUGGACUUGGUAUCAGUUAUUAGUGAGAGUGUAGCAGACAGUGCUUUUUAUGGUCAGAAAAAUGACAAACUAAAGGCCUUAAUUUGUGACUACCAUGGCCUUCGCUUUAGAUCACAGUGUCCAUGUGUGUCUGGCCCAGAAAUCCCUGACUGAGAAGCCUUAGCUUAAGGAUCAAUUUUAAAUCAGAUGCACUUUUAUCUAAAAUGAAUGUUGUGGGGGUUUUUGUGCUCUUUACCAAAUUAGAUUUUUUUUUUUUUUAAACUUCAAAUGUGAAAAUUGUUUCACUUUUAUUUAUAUCCCCAUGUCCAUUCCAAUUAGAUUUUAUAAGCAAAUAUAUAUGUAUAAAUAUAUUUUUUAUAUUUAGACUGUGUCAAAUCUAAUGAUACUUUCAGGACAUAGUGUCGUUAAAAAAAGUAAAUCAUUGAAAGCAGCUGGUUUUGCAGACAUUACAGAAUUGGGGUUUAUAAAUGAAAAAUGGAUGGAAAACGAACUCUGGGAGCCUGGCUCUUGUUCCAGCUCAAAAAAACUUUCCACACAUCCUUAGCUAUACGUUCAGAUGACAGUAUUACCUGACAGGUUUUGGAAACUUUGCAUCAUUUGGCCGUAGUACUUUGUACCAUCUAUGAGGUCUCAUGAAUGAGGCCUUUAAAGGCUUAAUUUACAAAAGAAACUGCUGGGAAUAUUUUUGUGUGAUCUCAGUGUUAUUAAAACGCAAUUAAGGGGUGUGUGUGUGAGCCAAAGACGAGCAGGAUUGGAGCCAGUGCUGGAUGUCAGAGUUCGCUGUUCAACCCAGAUGACGACUUUGUUUAUCCCAGGGUUCAGACAACGAGUCUAGUAUUAAAAUGAUUUUCAGGGCAAAGGGCUUGCUGCUGCCUUAACGCUAAUAUGAAAAUAUUUCUGUGGAGCUGCUAAUCGCUAAAGGCAGCUAAAAUACGUUCAGUGUUGAAAAAGAUGUGGUUCUAAGAAAAAGGGCCCUGGGAUAAGCAAAUGAAUACAAACUAGUUGUUAGAAAUCUAUAUAUGUAAAUGUAUGAUUAUGUAUCAUGACAGGACUUGCAGUGCAAAGUCUAAUGUAUCAGAUUUAUUUUACAGCAAGAAAAGAAUAGUAUGUUUGAUGACAGUGUUUAUAUAUAUAAAUAUAUUAUAUAUAUACAUACAUGUCAUGGCCUCUCUCCAAAACAAAUAAAUUGUUUUUCAAAAUCA